CGAUUCGUACAUGUCUACCUAGACGAUAUAUUCGUCUAUUCGGACACGCUCAAAGAACAUGAGCAACACCUGGCCCAGGUGUUCGAGGUAUUACGGAAGGCGAAGCUCUUCCUAAGCCGCAGUAAAUGCGACUUAUACUCGAAAGACUUAGAUUGUCUUGGCCAUCGUAUCGAUGAUCGCGGACUACACGCCGAUACCGACAAAAUGAGUCGUAUCCGGAGUUGGCGCACUCCUCGAUCGUACCAUGAGGUACAACGAUUUCUAGGGCUAGUGAAUUACCUAGCCCAUUUCAUGCCUGAUGUCACGGCGUAUACGUCGCCUCUGUCUGCGAUGGUCCGCAAUGACCAACCAUUCGUAUGGCGUACGCUACACGACAAGUGUUUUGAAGCUAUCAAAGCUUUGGCGUGUAAGGUGCCCAUUCUCAAGCCAAUCGACCCUCGAUUGCCCGAGCCGAUCUGGCUCAUCUGCGAUGCUUCCAUCUACGGAAUUGGGGCCGUGUACGGCCAGGGCAAGGACUGGCAAACC